AUGAGGAGGACCCUCCUCGCGGAGCAAGAUCAGUUGGCGGCGCUCCUGCGAUCAUGCGGCGAUCACCACGACCUAGAGGCCGGGCGGCGAAUCCACGCCCAAAUCCUCGGCAGCGCCCACCACCGCGGCAGCCGCUACCUCGCCAACACGCUCAUCCACAUGUAUGGCAAAUGCGCUAGCCUCGCCGACGCGCGCAGCGUUUUCCAGUCGAUGCCCGACCCCAAUCUCUUCUCCUGGACGAUCAUCACGUCCAUCCACGCCCGCCACGGCCUCCUGGACGACGCCAAGCGCUUCUUCGACGCCAUGCCCGAGCGCAACGUCGUGGCGUGGACGGCGCUACUGCAGGGCUUCGCGGAGCAGCGCUGCCUCGACACGGCCAAGGGCGUCUUUGAUCGCAUGCCGGCGCGGGACACGAUCGCGUGGGUGGAGAUGAUCGCUGGCUGCGACCGCGUCGGCUGCGCCGCCAGCGCGAAGCUCCUGUUCGAUCUCGCGCCGGCCAGGAGCGCCAUGCCGUGGAACGCGAUGAUCACUGCAUAUGCCGGGAGUGGGCAACUGCAGAUCGCAAAGGUGGCGUUUGAAAAGAUGCCUGCGACGGACGUGGUCAGCUGGAACGCGAUGUUGUUCGCGUUUACGAGGCACGGAAAGGUGGCGGAGGCGGAGGCCGUGUUUAGAUCCAUGCCUCUGCGUGACAGCGUCUCGUGGGCCGGGAUGUUUCAGGCGUUUGCCCGGUGUGGGCAUUUGGAAGCAGCGAAAGAAACGUUCUACCAAGUCCCAUGCAAGGAUGUUGUGACGUGGAAUCUGCUUCUCGCGGCGUUCCUGCACAACGAUUGCCGGAUACAGGAGGCGCGGUGCGUGUUCGAGAGGAUGCCGAAGCGGAGCUUGAUCAGCUGGAACUCGCUGCUCGCGACGUACGCUCGAACCGGGAAUGUUUGCGAGGCCAAGCGCUUGUUCGAUCGGAUGCCGGGGCGCGACGUCUUCUCUUGGACGACCAUGGUGGGAGGAUUUGCGGAGAAGGCCGACGUGACAGAGGCGAGGAGGUUCUUCGCAAGAAUGCCCAAGCAGAAUGUUGUGUCGUGGAACACGAUGGUGGCGACGAACUCGCAGGGUGGUCAUCUCGCCGAGGCCGAGAGGCUGUUCGAGGAGAUGCCGGAGAGGAACUUCUACUCGUGGUCAGUAAUGCUGGCGGCCUACGCUCACCUCGGACACACGGAGGAGGCGAUUCGGGUGUUCCACGAGAUGGAAGUUGACGGAGUCCGACCGGACGAGGUGGCUUUCAUGUGUCUCCUCGCGGCUUGCGGCCACCGGGGAAUGGUGGCGGAAGGUCUCGGCUACUUUGCGUCCAUGGUCUCGGACUAUGGCCUGGAGCCGACGGCCGAGCACUACAGCUCCAUAGUUGCGAGCUUUGCGAGAUCGGGGCAGCUAAAGCAUGCCGAGGAGCUGCUCGCGAGCAUGCCGUUUCUUCCCGACCAGGUUGCGUGGAGGGUUUUCCUGGGAGCUUGCGGGUCGCUGGAGGACGUGUCUCGCGCUCAAGCAGCCGCACGGCGUGUCUCGGAUUUGGUCCCGGCGAAUUCCGUGCCUUACGUGGUGCUGGCCAACACUUACCGCGCUGGACUUGGAUCUUUUCCCGAGCCGAGCUGAUGGGCAGAGAAAAAUAUCUGCGAAGACAAGAUCCAACGAGAAGGGAAGAAAUCUUCCUCAGGUAUAGGUGGCCGAAUACCAUUGAAGGAAGAGUAAAAAGUUCUUAUUUGGGGCU